CGUUUGUCAUAUGUCAAUGAAGACAUGCAAACAAGUGUUGUAUUUUUAUCAUAUCUCGAUGAUGAUAAAGGAUUAGACCUUGAUUAUUAUGUUUAACGAAGAACGGAGCAGUAUUAUAAUUUAUAAAAAAUAUUGGAUUUGCCAUGUAAUUCCCUGUAUGGUCGCAUUUAAAUAAUUAUCUAUAUGAAUGACGUGUAAUGUUUCCAACGGUAGAUACAGGCGAUAUUGUUCGGGUCACGUCAUUAAAUAGAGAACCCAGUGUUUCUAGCGAUGAUCCAGAAUCCUCUGACAAAUCCCAAUUGGCGAAACAAAACAAUAACAAAGAAUUAACUCUUAAUAUGCUUGUAAAGGAGGCGGUGUUUUGUAUUGCAUUAGCUCUCACUACAUAUGGGGCACUGCACAAUACGCCUACAAAAAUAUCAAAAGUUCCUCAAGCCGUGAGAUUUUUUAAUACAAAUUUAGUGACAGAUUGGUAUAAAGGUCAAUUAAGCAGUGCAUUAGCGGAGAUAAACAAAGAGGAUGUAUCAUUUGUCAUGUUCUAUGCACCUUGGGAUGCAGAGUCUCAGUAUGUGAGAGGAGAAUUUGAAACGGUUGCUAGUGUUUUGAGUAGCAGGGUACACUUUAGUGCAAUAAACUGUUGGAAUCCAGGCAGCGAAUGUAGAUUACAGCACAGUAAAAUACCAUCAUGGCCCAUAUUGAUGGUAUUUACUGUAUCCUCAAGGGGAAUAUUAUACAAAGGGCCAAGAAAUGCAGAGAGCAUGAUUAACUUUUUAGAGCUUAUAAUGAAACCAUUAGAAAGGGUUUCCACAACGGAGGAUCUAGUCAACUUGCUCUCUAUGUGUGAUGCCGUAGCCAUAGGCUACACACCACUAACAGAUACCUCAAAAUAUUACAAUGUAUGGUAUAACACAGCAUUAAAGACGCGCGAAUUUGACACUAUAGGCGAAGUGUGUUUCGCUGUUGUCACAUCAGCUGAUCUUGCCACAGAUUUAGGGAUUGAAAGUGUGCCGAAUGCUAGGUUUAUGCUUUGGAAGGAUACAAAGGAUUAUGUACCGGAAACUGGCCAAAGGUCAUGGAACGAAACAGCUCUAGUUCAAUGGAUUCUUGAGAACUUUGCUCAGCCUGUCGCUAGAAUCAUUCCUAUGUGGAAAAAAUCAUAUAACUUUGAAAGAUAUGCUGAUGGUAACCCUAUGCUUUUACUGUUUACACCAAUGAAUCCGUUGUAUGAGCAAUUACCAUCCUAUGCAUUAAUGCGUGAAGUUGCAAUGGAAUAUUAUAAUUGCCAAAACAACCAGACAAAUCAAUGGACCACAGAACUUAUAAAGCUACAACAGAUCCAAAGGUUGCUUUAUCAACAGAAGAAGUUCCUCAAAUUUUGCAAAGAGUACAAAUUCAAAAAACCUCUCAAAAAAAAUAAUUUGAAGCAUAAAAAGGAUGUUGUGUCUAAUAAUAACAAAUAUCCAUGGAGUAAUUUUACACAGAAGAAUCAAAAACAAAGUGCAUUUAAUUUUAUGUUGAAAGAAGGAUUGGCUGUGUCUAAAAUUAUAGAAUCUGCAAAAGAAAAUUUUAACGUAUGGGCCAACUCGGAUUUAUUACAAGAAUGUAGUUUAAGGUCAUUACCAGCAGAAAAGAGUUAUUAUGAAAAUUAUGAGAAAUGCUUAUCAUUUGAGGAGCAGAUGUUUCAAGAUGUAGAUACAGAACCUGAACAGGAGGAAAUUCAAAUGUCAAUCCUGCCUCAGGAAGAUGAUCCACUAUCCUCAGAGAACUUAAUACAAGAAAAUGUGGAACACGAAUGCGGUAUUUUACGAUUCGCAACUAAAUUGUAUCCACCAGUUAUUCCGUCAAGGGUUAAUGGAAAUGUAUCUCAUAUACGUGGAUUGGGAUGUACAACCAAUUAUACUAUGAAUAUGAUAGCUGUAGACAGUAUACGCAACUAUCAUUUCGCUGAAGCCCUCGGAAUUGAUAUUAAGAGUAAGAAAGAUAUGACUGCCGUUAUUAUUCUGGAUAGUAAGCAUGAGACUCAAUACGUCCUAUCAGAGGACUACAGUGCAAAAUCCGUACGCGAUUUCAUAUACAAUUUCACGCAAAAGAAUUUAAAACGCACUCUACGCACGCACGUAGAGGACGCAAAGCACACGCACUAUUUCGGUUCCUAUGGCGACGAAAUGAGCGGCAAUGAUGUUAAUAUUGUUGAUUUGACGACGAGAACGUUUAGAAGAACGGUUAAGACACCAGAAGUGCUAACACUAGUAGCAGUGUGCGGCGGUGGUUGCGGUGCGCACGCAACCCGCGCGCUAGCAGAAGCCACGCGGUUGCUAAACGCGUGCGGAGUGAAGACGCAAGCGGCGCGAAUAGAUGCGCUUAGACAUGAUCUGCCGUGGCACUACACGCCUACAGCGUAUCCUACUAUACUCGUGUUCCCGCCUAAUGGUAACGCGGAGCUAGACAGCCGCGCGUACCCGUUGGACCGGCGCGUGUCGGCGAGCGGGCUGGUCGCGCUCGCGCUGCGCUCUAUGGGCGCGCCCGCACACUUCAGAGUGCGACUCGCCAUGUGCCAGGGGACUGCGGCCAUCACCGCGAAACGAGCGUGUUUGAAGGAGAUCAAGGAGCAUAUAGUUACAAUAAUCGGCCGGAACCUUAAAUAUUGGCGGCAAACGCAAAUACAAGAACUCAGAGACUCUUUACUAAAAAGACUGCAGUAUCUUCACAAAGUUUCAUUACAUUUAAGUCUUAUUCAUAUAAGUGAUCUUAAAAAUAACAACGAUAAGAUGAAAUCACUAUUAAAUUCACUCGACGAUUUAUCAAAACAUUGGCAUAUCGAUGUUCAGUCUAUUAUAAGGAAAAAUGCAAUGUCUACAACAGCUAGAUGAUAUUAGCUAAACGAAAUUGUAAAUAGUGUAUUAUAUUGCUCAUUCUAUAUAUAUCUUAUGGUUAUUUAUGGAGAAUAAAAUGUUAUUACAUGUUA